CGCUACCAAGCCAACAGACAAGACACAACCAGUAUGAAGUGGUCGGAACAGCUCGGCGCCAAGCUCCAGACGAAGGACGGCCUGCAGGACACGGACUACAAGCUGGCCGGCAAGAAGGUCGUGGGCUUCUACUUCAGCGCGCACUGGUGCCCGCCGUGCCGCCAGUUCACGCCCUUCCUGAGCGCCGUGUACGACGACAUGAUCGAGGAGCACCCGGAGUUCGAGCUCAUCUUCAUCUCGUCGGACCGCGACCCGGCCCAGUACAGCGAGUACUUCGGCGAGAUGCCGUUCCUGGCGCUGCCCUUCGAGGAGCGCGCCGCCAACCAGGCCAUGAGCACCAAGUUCGGCGUCACGGGCAUCCCCAUGCUGGUCUUCGUGGACGGCGAGGGCAAGGUCAUCACCAUGGACGGCCGCAGCGCCGUCGCCAACUCGCGCGGAGACGUGGAGAAGCUCUGGGAGCAGCUGACCAAGUAAAGGACAGCGAGCAGGAUCUGACGCGGCUUCCUUCGGUGUCGUCGGUGGGUUGAACUCACGGAUUCUUUUGGAGCUGAUAUCAGUUGUAUAGUUGCCUUUACUCUUCUCUCUCUUCUCUCUUCCCAAGCUUUUUGAGAAAGAAUAUGAUGUUCCCCUUUUGCUAUGAUUU